AUGCAACACGAGGUGGAUCCCCUGUGCAACCCCAGCAUGCACGGGGAGGCAGGAGCACUUCUUGUAGACCUAGAGACCCUAGAGGAGACGCAGGCUCGGAGCCUGGGCAGACCUGUCAAAUCCUCGAAGCGGUACCUGCGCCAGGUCAUUGCAGAAUAUGAGGCGCUGGACCGAGAGCUCCCAUGCAUCCGCAAGUUCCCCAUGCCACCUGCUGCCCAGCCCCUCUGUCUGUGCAUGGAGACCUCACCCGAAGAGGACCUUACGCACCUGGAGGUGCUGGAGGCGCUGGAGGCCGAGCUACCCGGGGCCAUGGAGAGCGGGCGUGUGACCAGCAUCCGCUUUGAGAACGUGAACGUCAUCUGUGGGACUGCUGGGCGCCGGGACCGGUGGCUUAUCACGGUCACGGACCUCCAGGCUCGCUCGCGCCUACUGCGCUCGGGGCUCCGCCUCCGCGGGCUCCAGCACCCUCUCGUGCGCCACGACGAACUGCUGCUGGGCGAUUACCGCCUGCACCUGCGCCGCUCCCUGGUCCGAAGGCGCAUGCUCGAGGCUCUGGGGGCGGAGCCGACCGAGGAAGAUUGA